GCAAUAUCAUACCCUUCUUUUGCAUUUUGCUCUCAUUGACGUAGUACUCUGUCUUCGUUUAUUACAUAUUAUUACAUCUUAAAGAUGGCUCGUACUAAACAAACUGCUCGUAAAUCGACUGGUGGAAAAGCUCCACGAAAACAAUUGGCUACUAAAGCUGCUCGUAAAAGUGCACCUGCUACUGGAGGAGUUAAAAAACCUCAUCGUUAUCGUCCUGGCACUGUCGCACUUCGUGAAAUUCGUAGAUAUCAGAAAAGUACCGAAUUAUUGAUCCGAAAGUUACCAUUCCAACGGCUCGUUCGUGAAAUAGCUCAAGAUUUUAAAACCGAUCUUCGUUUUCAAAGUUCUGCCGUAAUGGCUUUGCAAGAAGCGAGCGAAGCAUAUCUCGUUGGUUUGUUCGAAGAUACUAAUCUUUGUGCUAUUCAUGCUAAACGUGUUACAAUAAUGCCAAAGGAUAUUCAAUUGGCAAGACGAAUUCGAGGAGAGAGAGCUUAAUUACCAAACUAAAAAAAAACGGCCCUUAUUAGGGCCCAAA